AUGCCCCCGCACUGCACUGAGUUAAUGUUUAUUUCUCUCAUCAAUUUCAAACUGGGAAGAAGGCAGCCAAAUCAACCACUGUCGACUUACCUUACCUGUCACUGGCUAGUACUUCAACUUCCUAUCAGCCGACUCAUCAUGCACGACAACAGCACCAUUCCCAUUGCAACAACACGUCCAUUGACCUUCCCUCACUUCCCCCGUCUUCCAUUGAUUUUACAUUACGGCGAUUCCAACCUCGAUAUCUCAGGGCUCUACGAUAAGCCCAGAGGAAUGUGUAUGGGCAUUAUAGACUCUGCGCCCCUCGAACUACCACAACAUCGAACUCCUACUCGUGGAAACAACAUGUCGGCAUACAUGUGGGACGCUGGACUGUGGGGGGAGCAAGUGCCGAAUCUAGGCGGAUAG